UUACGUUAUUCAAAGGAUACGCACAUAUCCUUUGAAGUAUACACGACAUUUAUUACCAGAACGAAUUGUGGAAAUUUAGUAGGCGGUCAAAUUAUUUACAUUAUUUAUAUGCCUACAUUUAAUUAUUUGAAUGCAAAUGACGGAAUAAAAAAAUAUUUAUCGCAUAAUCGUUAUGGUUUGGAAUCGCGGAAAUGUUCACGGUGUUUAUUUCUCUGAGACCGGUGUCCGGUGAAUAUUCUAUAUCGUUAUCAUUAAUGUAAAAGAUAGGCGAAGUGACAAUUGACAAUUGCAGCAACAACAGCGACAUGUCCCGGCGUAAACAGGCAAAACCGCGUGCAUUUCUUAAACUUGGUGAAGACCAAGAGAAAUGUACGAGCCUUGAGCUUUUGGAAAGAAAAGAUAAACAACAUGAAGGGAACAGAAUAGCUUAUUUGGAAAAUCAAAUCAAAUCUGAUGAAUUCACCGAAACACCUGAACAGCAAAGUGAUCAAUACUUAAACUCAGCACCGGCAAUUAAACUAAAAAUAAAAGUAUCCUAUGAGACUUCAGCAGUAUACACUAAAUAUGAACAAUCAACAACUAAUAAUAUUGUAAAGAAUACAAAAAAUACAAAACUUGAUAGUCUGACUAUAAAAAUGGAUAACGACUGUGUCAGUAAUAUUUCCACGGAACGAAUGAGGGAAUUAGACAACGAAGAUAGAGAAUAUUUAAAUGACGAAGUAUACACUGAAGAUGCCGAAGAGGAUGAUUUCCACAGUUUGGAUAGUUUCUAUUCUGAUAUGUACUCGACGCAUACAUCUUCAAACUAUUCACCAUCUGUGUCGGAUGGCACAUUAACACCAAAUUCAUUACAAAAUCAUGAACACACAACACCACAUCUUGCUCAAUUACAAACUAUGCAAUACUUUCCGCAGCAGCGUUCGGACGGAGAUGUUAGUCGCAACGAAAAUCAAACGAAACGAGUUAAUAUUGACGGAGACGAAGUGAAAGGUAAUGAAGAUCCCAAACCAGCAAAAGAAAGCUCUGCAGAAACAUUUAACACAACUAAACUUGAAGAAGGCAAUAUUAACUCAGAUAUGCAACACAAACGACAAGCGCGCCUUCAUCGGCAGCACCUUUACCACCAUGGAGAGUAUCAUACUGCGAAGCUUGUUACAAAACUGAGAAAAAUUGAAAGAGUCGCGACAAAGUUUGAUAAGUUGACAGGAAAUGGCAUUAAGGGAAGCAACGUUGAUGGGUCUUAUCAAUGUCAGUUCUGUGAAAAAUCAUUUCCGCGGCUUGGGUAUUUAAAAAAACACGAACAGAGUCAUGCUGAACAUCUACCUUUUAAAUGUGAAUAUUGCGCUAGACUUUUUAAACACAAGAGGUCUAGAGAUCGCCACACCAAGCUGCACACUGGGGAUCGACGUUACCGUUGUCCACACUGUGAGGCAGCUUUCUCUCGAAGUGAUCAUCUAAAAAUCCAUAUGAAAACCCACGAUAAUCAAAAACCAUUCCAAUGCACGGUAUGCAAUCGUGGUUAUAAUACAGCUGCAGCAUUAACUUCGCAUAUGCAAAAUCACAAGAAACAGGCAGCCAUUUUAUCGGCAGGGGGAACCCCUCAAGUUCUUAAUUACAGUCCUCGAUCUAGUGGAUCUGUAUCAAGUUGUGGAAGUUUACAUAAAAGUCGCCAUGGCGCAUCAUUAGUUCCUGGUGACAGUAGUAAAACAAAUCGAAUGGACAUUCCGAAACGACCAAACACAGUCAAUCUUCUGACAUGUAAUUAUUGCUCCAAAUCCAAGUUUAAUUCUAUCGAGCAACUCAAUGAACAUAUUAGCUCGAAACAUAGCCAAGAUAUAUUUUCCCCACAAAAACCGACUACACAGCUUGCUUUAAAUGACGCAAUUUCGGAUAUAAACCCGUUCCAGCUAAGUUGCGAAUAUUGCACUAGAGAGUUUGGAAGUCUUCCCGCUUUAUUUCAACAUAUACGCCUCGCACAUGUCGAUCGAUUAGCCAGUCCCAAUUCUUAUUUUGAACAUUUCAAUCGUUUGGCUGCAUCAGGGACUUUUAGUCCUCGUUUUGUGAAUGACAAAACAAUUGGAAGGGAAGACAACGUACUAAAUGAAAGUAAUAUAAAGCAAGAGCCACUUUUGCCUUCGGCAAAUAUCCAUGCUGAAAAACCAGAGGAUGAACCCACUGAUCUUAGUCAAAAUAACCGACGUUCAUCAACUGCGCUGCUACAGCCAGAAGAGUCUCUCCAGCCAGAUAUGUUUUUUUGUAAUCAAUGUAAUGCUGGAUUACCAGAUUUUGAUAAGUUUCGAAACCACUUAAAAACACAUAUAACGCAGGACUUAAACCUUAUUUGUCACCAUUGUGGUUUGGCUUUACAAGAACAAUCGGAACACGAACGGCAUGUAAUUUCACAUUAUUUAAUAUCAAGUUCUGAAUAUAUUUGUGCAGGCAACAAGUGCGACAAAUCUCAUUCAAACCUAGAGGAACUUCAAGCUCACAUGCUGGAGCAGCACGCAAUCCCUAUGUUCAAGUGUUCUGUGUGCUCCGAACUAUUUGAGUCCAAAAUGGCAAUUCAGAUGCAUUUUGCUUGUACACAUUCCAUUGAAACUAAAAUAUUCCGUUGCUCAGCAUGUAUGGAAGUGUUUCGAAUUGAAAAUGAGUUCAGUUCGCACGUCAAAUCGCAUCAUCCUGGUAUUAAUGGGCCGAUACCCAAUUCCCUUCAAUGCAUGUUUUGCCGCACUAUCUGCUCAACUGAAUUAGAGAUGCAUUUUCAUUUAGCCGCACAUGCUCGCCAAUUCCAGUGUCCUUCCUGCCCGGAAACCUUUAAUGUAGAAUUUCUAUUAGAUCGACAUAUGCAAAGACAUCACACAGACAAUAAGCGGGCAACAUUGUCUUCGAACGAAACAUACGAAGAGGUAUCAACAUCAUCAAAUAUGCCGAGUCAAAUGAACUCUCUAUAUAUGAACUCCUUAAUAAGCAAAGCGCCACAAAUGCCGAUUUCUUCGCAAAAUAACAACACUAGCGUUCUUGACUACAAUAUUGCAUUUGCGGCGCAUCUUAAUAAAAGCAUUUUCCAUGGUCCCAAUGCGGCUGCAACAACAUUGGCCGAUGGCAAGUUUUACAAUGCAUUGCAAGUCGAUACUGGUACCGUGAAACAACCCAGACUCAUGUACGGCCUUAGUCGACGAUAUUUUGACACAAGCCGAACAUUAAUAGAGAUGUAUGCUCAGCAUAGAAUAGAGAAACCAAACACUAUGGAAAACUUUUACAACAACCCAAAACCACAACAUUUAAAACCUCAAGCAGAUUUAAAUCGAAUUCGGUCACCAGUAGAGUCAAUAAUUCCAACUUCCCUUGCUUCGCACUCUUCAAUGGGGUAUAGCUGUGAUAUUUGCGAACGCAAUGAUUUCCGAUCAGAAGGCGAAGUUAAUUCUCAUCGAAAAAUCGUUCAUAAUAUAAAAACGGGUGUUAGUCUGCGCUGCGCUUAUUGCUCAGGAAAUUUUAAGUCACGAACUGAGUUGGAACAUCACAUGAGAACUUGUCAUAAUUCUACAGGGAAACAUAAAUGUCUUAUUUGCGAUGAAGUUUUCCCUUCGCCAGCUAUAUUGGCAGAGCACAAAUUGCAACAUUCUAAGGUUGGUCAAUGCGGAAAAUGUUCACACUGCAGCAAACUAUUGGACGAUGUUACAGCGUUUAAAGCACAUCUCAGUGAGCACAACAAUGAAAGUCAGCUUCCCAUGCAUUGUAUCUGCUGCCGACAAUCGCUCCACUCUGAUUUUGAAAUCAGUUUACAUGCUCAAUUCCAUACUAAAUCUUCGAACGUUACAGAAAGUGUAUGUGCCCUUUGCUUAGAAUCUAUUCCGAACCCAAUUAACGGAGAAGCAAAAGUUUGUGACAAGUGCUGCCGCAAACACAAGCUUGGCGCAAAUUUUAAGGGCCAACGCUUACGUAACGCCCUUUACGAACAGGGUCCCGAAGCUUUCCGAAGUUCAUUAAAGGUUGAAAGUCGUUGUAAUAUCUGCAAAUUGAUUCUACCAUGCACCCAAAAACUCCAAGAACAUCUGGUCGAACACACUUUUGCUGGUUGUGAAGAACGGGGCUUUAAUUGUUACAUAUGCUCUGCUGUGUUUACAGCUCCAAGUAGUUUGCUAUGCCACAUGCAUGAGCAUGGACUGCAAAGCAGGCCCUACGACUGUAAUCUAUGUAGCGAAAAGUUCUUUUUCCGAACGGAACUUGAGCACCAUUUACUGACCCAUGAGAAGCAGAACCUGCUUGAGUCCAAAAAUAAAAAAAAUUGUACGAACAAAUUUUCGUUUCUUAAAGAAGUCGAUGACUCUGCGUCCUAUCUGACAGAAGUUAAAAAGGAAAUACUCCCGGUUGAUGAUAAAAUCACAUUAGGCGAAGAGGACGAGUACAUCGAAAUAGAAAAUGUUACUGAUGUCUAUCAGACAUAUAAUAAUGCAAAACCAACUUUUGUCACUCAUAAAGAAAGCCUACCAAUGGAAGAAUUAAACCAAAAGUGUGCCGAAGAAAACAGUGUUUAAUAAUUUAAAGUUGUGUUAUUUUAUGCCUCUUAGAAAAUAUAUAAUAUUAUUAUACAUACAUACAUAUGUGAAUAUACACAUUACUAUUAUUAUAUGUCAACAAUGUUAAAUUAUUUAUAUUUGCAAUUGAUUGUUUCUGAACCAUAAUCAGCUUUUUAGCAUUUUUGCUGAAAUUAUAAAUUCAAAAGAUUGCUUACGGUUUUUGUGAUUUUAUUAUAAAUACCCAACACAAAACACAAGAUAAUAUUCCACUAAAACUAUGCGGUUUUGAAGGAUAUAAGAAAUUAGAUGUAAAACAACUAUACAUAAGUAUUCAGAUUUCAUUCUUUAAUUAUCAUUUCAAUGAUUAUUGUUGAUAGCUUUAGUUAAUUAUAGCAAAUUUAUUUUAUUAUCAACCUAAAAAUAUUCCUACAUAAAUAUAGCAACAGUAAGCAUGAACCCACGGAGGUACUAAAUAGGAUAUCUAUUAAUAUGUAUUAAUGUAACUUUUAGCAAACGUGAAAAUAUAUAAAUAAUAGUGUGACUAUGAACAAAUAAAA